CCGUCUUGUUUUGGUUACAGAGCGAUAGGGGACGGUUGUGGUGAAGGUGCUGUGGUUGUAUUUGAGGCUCGUAUGCUGUAGGACUUUGUGUUUUGUUACGAUGUUAUGAAUGAUAAUACUGUAAAAUAAAGUUGUUACAAGGAAAUUUAUUUUAAUGAUGAAGGAAAAGUGAAGUAUGAGUGAAAUAACUUUGACAUUUGUAAAGUGUUAUGGCGGUGUUUCAAAUAUCGGUAAGCUUGUUGUGAAGUUACCAUGACCAUGAGUGUCCGUGGUAGUUGGUGUUGUGUGUGGAUGCUGUGGAGUUGGUCAGUGGCCGUAGUUUCGGCAUCCCAACGAAGUAGCGGUAUUACAUCACGCGUCACCGAACGGGACAGUCUCCCUCAUCAUAAUCGUUGUGAACCUAUAACAAUCCCAUUUUGUAUGGACAUACAAUACAAUGAGACUAUCAUGCCCAACCUUCUUAAUCAUCAGAAACAAGAAGAUGCUGGACUGGAAGUGCAUCAGUAUUUUCCUUUAGUAAAAGUUAAAUGUAGCCCAGAUCUUCAGUUUUUUUUGUGUUCGAUAUAUGCACCUGUGUGCACAAUACUAGAUAAAGCAAUUCCUCCUUGUAGGUCACUUUGUGUAUCAGCCCGACAUGGUUGCGAGGAACUUAUGAACAAUUUUGGAUUCCAGUGGCCAGAAGAACUAGACUGUGCAAAGUUUCCAGAGACUGGCAUAGAUAUAUGUGUUGGAGAAAACAAUACUGCAAGUACAAAUGUGCCAGGAGGUGGAAGUCGCACGGGAGGGCCAAUUGCUCAUGGAGAUAAUUACCCUUUUCAACCAAGUUACGAAUCGAAAUUUCCAAAGAUCCCAGAUGGAGCUAGAGACUACGGUUUUGUAUGUCCAGUGCAUUUCAAGGUGCCUAAGGAUAUGGAUUAUUCCUUGAAAGUGGGUGACAAAGUGGAGAAGAAUUGCGGUGCACCUUGUCACGGAAUGUUUUUCAGUGACGACGAGAGACAUUUCGCACGUGUAUGGGUUGGAGUUUGGUCCGUGUUGUGUGCUGCCUCUUGCCUCUUCACAGUCUUAACAUUUCUCAUAGAUACAGACCGUUUUCGAUAUCCAGAACGACCCAUCAUAUUUCUGUCUGUGUGCUAUCUCAUGGUAGCACUAGCAUAUGUGGUGGGAUUUGGUGCUGGUGAUUCAAUAGCAUGUCGUGAUCCGUUCCCAGCCCCGCUAGAUUUACCGCACUUGCAGAUGGUAUCAACAAUCACACAAGGAACAAAACACCAGUGGUGCACAAUCCUCUUCAUGAUACUGUACUUCUUCAGCAUGGCAUCGUCUAUAUGGUGGGUGGUGUUGACACUUACAUGGUUUUUGGCUGCUGGACUCAAGUGGGGUCAUGAGGCCAUUGAAGCAAAUUCACAGUAUUUUCACCUGGCAGCCUGGGCAGUGCCUGCCAUCAAAACCAUCACAAUUCUUGCCAUGGGAAAAGUUGAAGGCGACAUCUUGAGCGGCGUGUGUAACGUGGGCCUCUGGGACGUCGACGCACUGCGAGGGUUUGUCGUGGCGCCGUUGUUCGUAUACCUGGUGCUGGGCACCGUGUUUCUCCUGGCUGGGUUCGUGUCCCUUUUCCGCAUUCGCACGGUCAUGAAGCACGACGGCACCAAGACGGAUAAACUCGAGAAACUGAUGAUACGCAUCGGCGUGUUCUCUGUCCUGUACACGGUGCCCGCCCUCAUCGUCCUCGCUUGUCUCUUCUAUGAGCAGGCCUACUUCGGCCACUGGAUGCUAACCUGGAACAUGGAAAUCUGCUCACGACCCGGUCACCACAGCAUCUACUCUAUACCUUGUCCUGUCGGAGAACGAAGCAGAGACUUUGGUAGGAAACCAGAUUUUGAGGUCUUCAUGAUAAAGUACCUCAUGGCACUUAUUGUUGGUAUCACUUCUAGUUUCUGGAUAUGGUCCGGUAAGACUUUUACAAGCUGGAAAGAGUUUUUCCAUAAGAUCCGUGGGAGGCGAGUCGAAGCAUAUGUGUAGUUAUGAAAGGAACGUACAACGCACUGGUGGCUGACCGUCUUCGUUCUGUUCGUUGUUAAAUAUACGAGAUUCCUUACGCAAGGAAGUAGAAGAAUAUUUCCACUGUAAAUUCGUUAUUGUUGAAAUAAUUAUUCACUGUGGAGUGCUGAUAAUAAGAAUAUCACAGUGCUUUAUUUUAUUCCAAGUGGAAAACAUUAAUGCUUUUCUGACCAUCACAGACAUUUAAAUAAACGUCGAGACGUAAUCCUGAAAGAAAAACUAUCUUCACAGCAGUAAUGAGGGUAAUUAACUCGGAUAUAAUCGUAACUAAAAACAUUUAUCUGUGGUGUAGUUCGCUCAGUGCGUCGGCACUGAAUACUGAGACAGAAGCAGUCGUCGCUAUAAUUGUGAGAAUAAAUAACGAUACGCCUAAUGGGGAAUGUAUAUUAACUUGUAUCAUCUGAAAUACUAGUGAUCUAUUCGUCUGUUAGGUAAUCGUAUUACACACGUUUAUAAUCUUAUGUUUACUAAGUAUAACAUAUGUGUUAUAAUGUGAAGUAAUUAGGUUGAGAAGGGAAGCAUUUGAUGCAAUGCAAAGUUCGAUUUUUAUCUUGCAUUCAUGUCAAUACUGCCAAAUUUCUUUUUCGAUGUCAUUAUAUAUGUAUAUAUAUAUUUUUUUCUUUUCAAAUCUCUUGUAAAUAGCUUAAAAAUGUAACCCACUGUUCCUUCGCCAGUUCGUGCCACAUAUAAAUUCGUAAUUUUUACUUGUGCUUUAAAGUUUUCGGAAGGUUUUAGUUUUCGAAGUAUUUCCCCAUUUUAGAAGUUUUUUACAUAUUUGUCUAAUUAGCUGUAAACAGGGCUUAAAAUGUAAUCAUUGCUCAAUACAUUAAUCGAUGGUUUUGAAACCUCAUUAGAACUUAAUUUUCCUUUCUGUGAUAUAUCGACAUUACUUAAUUUUGACAUGUCGUAUGUCAUGUUCAGUAUUUUUGGUGCCAUUUGAGUCUAUUUAAUUGGCAUACCAAACAGAUUAAAAUAUGCAGACGUUCACCCCAGCUUUCCCGUCGGACCAUAUGUAAACAGGUUGUUAGUCAUUCGCCUCUUUUUUUUUUCCAGAAAGCAAUAAACCAUUUUCAUUCAUUGUAAGAAUGGAUAAAGUAUUGUACGGUACGUCCAAGUGUGAUGCCAAGGCCGUUGGCCUCUGUUGCUGCAGCUCCCUAUGGUUUACAAGCCACGCUUAACAUGAAAACAAGUUUAAAUUUUACACGCCUCUAUCAACAAGCAGUAAAUCAUUCGUUGUCACUUAAUGUAAAAAUAGAUUCAGUUGCAGGUUACAGCAAAACAGAGCCAUGUGUGAAGCCUGUUGAUUGACAUCGAAUACCGCCUUUGCCUGCAUAAUUUUAUAGGCCAAAUUUCAUAUUAAAAUUCGAUUGAAGGUUUCGAACAAAUCAUUCGUUGUCACUUUGUGCACGAAUAGACGUCAAGAGUUCACAAACAUGUAGAACAGUGCCUGUAGUGUUGGGUAAUGUUUUGUUCAGAGGUUGUUGUACUUUGCCAUCUCAUUCUUGCCUUUCCAAUGUUGUAAUAUAAACUAUAGGAUCGACCUUGCCUGAGGCAUUGAACUCACCACCCAGCCAAAGAACUCGUCAGCGAUCUGUUGCCUGUCCCUCCAUGAGAAGGUAUGUGGUGGGUAAAUAAUAGAACACAGUCAUUUCAAAGUUAUGUCGUCGGAGGUUUGACACAUACAUCGGAGUGUGAGUAAGUUACCUUAUCGGGAAACGAGAAAAAAGUUUCAACAGCUUCCACGAAAAUUGCCAGUAGAAGUCGCAAUGCCAGACAGGCAACGCUAGACAAGGGUACAGCCGUCUCCUUCAUCAUCAGAAACUGACGACGAGCGAAAGCCGGGACACAGCUCGCCGCCAGACAUGGAGGAACUACGCGUAUAAAUACAGCAAGCUCUGGAAGUCGCCAUUCGGGCUUUGAAGGAAGAUUUGCUGUCGCUGCAAAGGUCCCCUCACCGGGACCUUCUGUGUUCUUCAGAAUACACGAUCAGCACGAGGUCAUGGCAUGAGCCGAAUAUCUCGGGAGACGUUCGCACCGGACCCGAGUUGGCGCCAGAAGCAGAACCGAAGCUCUGCAAAUUGGCUAACAAACUAAGGCGCCUCGCGGCGUUAAUGAUGGCCGUCGGGACUGACACGACAUCCAGACCGUCUGCGAUUAGGGGAUAGUCGGCGGCAGUGUAUUACUUCCAAAAAGGCGCUGACGAAUUUCUCGACGUACCACGAAUUUCGCACCGUUAUCAGCCUCGGCCCAGAGCGACGCAGCAGUUAUCCCAGAUCCAGGAACAUCUUCAACAGGCCCGGCGCAAGGGCAAACAGCAUCGGAGAUAACGCUUUGAGCCAGCCCCCGAACCUUGGACGUGUGACCGACCUUUCUUCCCAUCGAGGCCCCGCUUUGAUGUUCUUGCGGCAGCGUCCUGUUGGGAUAGGCAUAAUCAGAAACGGUGUUAGAGGUCAGUGACCCAAGCAUCACACUUAGAUCUUCCUUUUUUUUUGUCUGUGACACGUGCGUACAUCCUUGCAUUGAAUAGCAAUGAAUGAUUUACACUUGCUGAUAGGGAUAUGGGGAUUUCAAUCUAAUUGCAUAUUAAAUGUGAUCUGUUAAGCCAAACACAAACAGUAUUAAAGUUCAGUUACUAAAGGCAUCGCAAUUGGAUCCAUCUUGCGAUUUUAUGUAACAUAUUCACUCUUCCAUGACAACGAAUGAUUUGUUGCUUUGUGACAACUUUUGGAAGGUAUGAAAGUGAUUUAUUAAAAUCUCUGUCUUCUGGUUGCUGCCUCCGUCGUGAACUCAUCACUCUCAUGAUGGAAGCAGCAAGGACCUCUGUCUUUGUACACCGCCUUGAGAACCUCAAAUGCCCCGGAUGAUUUACUGUUUGUUUGAAGUGGUGGUGGGAGGGGUACCUGGGUGUGAGGCGUGGGGAUUUAAUCUAAUUUACAUUUUGAGUUUUAAGUCGUGCACCGGCGCCAUUUUUAAGUAUAUAUUAUGUAACGCCAAAAGAUAUGGAGAGGUCACCGUUACUAGUUACUAAAUAUUUCAAAUGAGGGAGAUGUGAUCAGCUUGAGGAAACGAACUUUACGUCUACUGAAAAGAGCGGAGGGAAAGAUAAACCUCAGAUUAUACGACAGCGUUACCUAGAUUCGAACCUGUUUUCUUUCGAGUACAAAUGUAGGGUAUGAAUGCUUGCUAAGCUGUUCGGUGUUCCACUUUCAUGGCAACUGAGAAAAACGAUGUUACAUUACAAGGUGUCGAUGAUAAAAAAGAUACACCACUAUAAUUACCAAAGUCUGAAGAUUUCUUAAGAUGGCGCGUAUAAUAUGUAAAACACUACUUUUGAACUUCAUCCAUCGUCUAAAUUAAUAAUAAAAACUGCAGCCUCAGAUCUCGAUGCCAAACCCAGGUUUGAGGCCAGCUCAACCACCAAGCCAGUUUUCGAAACCCUGUUUUAUAAUUAAGACGAUGGCCGAAUUCCAAAUGAACAAUUUUUACGCACUCUAUUUAUGUUUCCUGCAUUUCGCCUCCAAACGACUUAUUAUGGACCUCUGAAACACAUUUCAGGUAGACGUAUCAUUUGAAGCAACGCCUAUUGAAGCAGUAGAUUACAACUUAAGCCCUGUAUGUAUUGACAAUAUAUCAUAUCAACUUACGUUUAUAAAGUUAUCGAUUAUACAUGCAUGAUAGGCCUAAUAUUUUGUAUUGAAUAACACACGACGAUCAUUUAUAUGAGCGUUUAUAUCAGCAUAAAGAUUGUGGCAUAAUAGAUAAUUCUAGAUUUCUAUGUUCGUAUCCAUGCGAUUGCCUUCUUAAAAUCAAAUGUUCGCCCAGUCGAAGAAGACAUAAAGUCUAUUGCCUAGUGGUGCUGUUAAAUAUUCGAAACGAGGCAGAAGUGGGUUUUUUUAUUCUGACAUCAAACAUCCAGCAUAGUUUCCCUGUCAGCUUUUGAAGUCCUGAGCACAUAUGUGCGAUUUGUCAUGAACGCAGACUGUUGUCAUAUUAAGGACAGAAGGGUCCUGAAACUUCGUAUGUUUGUAACUGAGGCGUUAAACAUUUAGUGCAUAGAGCGAUGAUUUCCCAUUUUUUCGACCUUCGAAUCAUGUCGAAGGGACAGAGGAUUUCGACAAAAAAGAAGCUUCUAUUACCGUGCUGCAUCUUUGAGCACAUGAUGUUUAAAAAUCAGAUGUGAUGUGUGUAUUCUGGAAACACUGAAUCAGACUUUUAAAAUUAUUUACAUGAGCUUCUGUCUGAUUAUAUUUGCAUUUUUCUUACAAACUUCGUUUUCCUGUUUCGACGGUAUUUAUGACGUUCAUCGACAGUGAUUCUCAUUAUUUAGUCAGAAGAGUAAAGUGAUGUAAGACUGCGCAUAUUUGAGUUAAACGAAACCGAUCUUACAUUUCAUCUUUGACUGGACUAAUUUGACGCCAUUGUUAUCUGUCACAUAAAUUACCCCUUCCCUUUCAAGUUCAUGCACAUGUAAUUAAAUCAUUAAUAUUUCUCCAUUUAAUGUCUUAAUGUGACAUUUUUUUCAAGAUAUGUUUGUGUUAAAAGUUGAGAAGGACCCCGCAUGGGCCCUUUCUUAGGCUGCAGGUUUUGUAACUUGUAUAAGAAUUCCCACGCCCAUAAAGGUGACUACAUUCCUGAAACGUGAGUCGAUCCUGAGGAGAAUCCUGGUGAGUUCUACCUUCCAUAGGCAGGUUCCUUUGGGUGGCAGGGUUUUGCUAAUUAUCCAGAGAUUCUGUCGUAAGAUUGUGAUUUGGUAACAGCCGAGAACUUUCUUAUGGGUUCCCCCCCCCCCCUACCUCGCAAUUCGUGUAAUAUUCGGAAUUUGUAACAAACACUCUUCCGUCUUCUCAGUAAUAUGCAGUGCCAUUGAUUCGUCAAGGAUACGAUGGGCUGCAUUGUGGUAUGGCGACAGCGUCUUACGCAGUAGCAAGUUGUUACUUCAUGUUGUCGUCCCGAGGUCGGAACCAUGGAUCCGAAUGUUUCCGACCUGCCACAACAUGCUCCUCAUUGUGGUCUCCAGAGAACCAGCAUGAUUGGAAAGUUAGACUCAAGCAAAAUGUGUGUUGCUAAUUAAGGACCUUACUUGUACUGCUUCUAUUAUCUUUUCUAACGCUGGUUCGUGUUUGAUGUUUCUUACGUGUUUCAGUAAUCCGUUUUCCUGUUAGAAAACAAACCAGUAUUAUAAUUCUCUGUAGGAUUUGAGGUUUUCACGGCGGCGAAUCUGAAGAUGGCUGUCUUAUAAUUCUCUCUUACACCAGACAUGUCUCAUCACAGAUGGUAACUGAAAAAUAACUAUAUUUAAUAACUUCGAAAAAAAAUUAUCAUAAAUCCUAAACUUGUCAGCUACCGGCAUUUCUUUUACAUGAAAUAUUCUUCAGAUUAAAAUUCCUGAGUCCUCAGAGGACAUCAGUAAGUGAACAAACACCCCACGAUUUACACCCUACAUUACAUUCGCAAAUCCCGAGUCAUCAGUCCAUAGUAUUGCUCACAUUUUGAACGAGAUAUUUCUCACUUUGACAUUUAUGGAAACAUUUUUAUGUGAUUAUUUCGAAAAUUGACUUAAGUAGUAGAACUGACGCAUGCGCUGUUUAUACAAUUAAUCCGCUCUUUACAUAGCAACCUUCACAUCGCUUAGAAGGCGUGAUAUCAAACGUGACACUGAAACUAUUCUUUCAUCACAGACGAUGAAUUAUAAGGAUUUGUUCACAUCUCCAGCAGCCAUGAGACGGUACGUGGAAUUUCAUAUAAUUUUCACAACAGUUUAAUUGGCCACGCGCCGACCAGUCACGCCAGAGGCGUUUCCUUCAAUAUCCUUUCCAAUUUAUUAUUUAUUAGUCCACGACUCACCAUUUAACAUUGUAGAAUGAGCUGUUCACGUUAUCGUUAAAUGAGUCAUAUUUUUCCGAUCACACUGCAAAUUUGGUGAUGUAGUUAUCGCUGAAACUGUUCCAGAAGUGGAACAAAAUCAAAGGCUGGUGAACCCAAUUGAGGUUUUGGGUGGACAAACCAACCCAUAAAAAGGUUUUACAAAAGUUCCUCUGCUUUUCGUUUCAACAAUUUAUUCUUUAAGCGUUAUCGCUGUGACUUGCACAUGACAGUUGAUACAGAAUGUUUUAAUCGAAUCAUGCUUUCACAAGUAAACCCUU